AACACAGAAAUCUUUUCUGUGGUUUUUAUUGUGGUCUGUAUACUUAAUCGAAUAUAAGAAAAGUUAGGGUUCGGAGCAAUCUGUGUUUGUGUUUUUGCAGUCAAGAAGCUCUCCACAAACUUCGAUCGAAAAUGCCUAAGCAAAUUCAUGAGAUCAAGGACUUCCUUCUAACUGCCAGAAGGAAAGAUGCACGCUCUGUAAAAAUCAAGAAGAGCAGAGAUUUUGUCAAGUUCAAAGUUCGCUGCUCGAAGUACUUGUACACACUUUGCGUCUCUGAUGCUGAGAAGGCGGAUAAGUUGAAGCAGUCUCUUCCUCCAGGUUUGAGUGUCCAAGACCUGUGAA